AAUUAUAAUAGUAAUAACUGCUUUUCUUCUGUAGAUGUCGCCAGGACGACUGGAAAUAUGAAUGACUACAUCGACAAAGUUCUACAAAACCUUAAACAAAAUCCUGAAUAUGUUUCCAAAAUUGAUCCUCUUAUUGUCGGAACUGCUGUAGAUGAAGGCAAAUUCCGAGCUACUGAUGUUGUCGUCAGAGGUCUCUCAAGUAUUGGACGGCGAGGUGACGUAACACUAACAAAUGAUGAAGCCAAUCAAAAAGUUGUUUUAAAUGCGAACGUUGGAGUGUCAGGCGUUAGUGCCAGUGGUAAAUAUAGAUACAGGCAAAACAGACUUAUUAAGCUAAAGGGAAGUUUUCAAGCUAGAGUGAACGAAGUAGCUAUACAAAUCAUUCUGUCAGCUCCUUUGAACGGUGGCCAGGUGACCUUGGUUUCAGCAAAAGUUACUCGGUUUGAUGGAUUUAAGAUAACGAAGGUGUCUGGAGCUUCAUUUCUUUUCGACUGGAUUUUAAAAUAUGCUGCUAAUAAAAUUGCACAGAAAUCAAAAGAGAAAAUCGUUUCUGGCAUGGAGAGUUCUCUACAGAGAUAUCUUAAAGAUGCCUUAGCGAAAGUUACCUUCCCAGGAAGUGUCUAAAUGUUGUUUUGAGAAACACAGAUUUGUUUCUAAUGUUAAGCAAACAUUUCUGAAUUAAAUUAGUAAAGUACAAAUACAUUUCUUGAGAUUGUUGUAUAAAUUUAAAUAAAAUAUUUCAUGAGAGACUGUAAA